CCGAGGGUGAGUAACCCACAACAUGCCAAAGACACUUCCGGGAGCAGCACGUCCGGAUGCCCCCCUCCUCCUUCAGGUACAACAUUAAUCGAUCAGUAUCUCCAACAACAACGGCCCAUAGCUCAGCAAAUGUGCAUCCUCGCCCACGAUCACUUCGAUUUUCGAGCCUCAACACUCCUCCUACCAUUGCCUGUGAGACUGUGAAAGCCGGUGCUGGACGUCUCACUCGUCCUAUUCGCCUUCUCCUGGAUCACCUCUCUUCCUUCCUAGGCUACUGUUUCCUCACGCGCACGUCCCAAUGUCCCUAUCGUGCAUUCCCCGCUCUUGCACGUCCUGCUCAGCUCCAGUUCAGGCCCCGUGUGGAUGUUCGGAAGCUCAGAAGCGGGUUUGAAGAAUGGGUUGAGGUUGCCGCGUGGGGGACAAGGAUGCAGUCGUUGGCCUGGUCUAUGAGUGGGGCUAGAGAGUCGGUCCGUUUCCCUGGCUUGGGUCAAGCGUGAAAGUAGAAGACGUGUUGAAGUAUGAUGCAAUACAAGAUGCGAAGACGCACCUCGAUGGCAAGAGCCUUGAGGUACGAGGCCGACAUUCUCACUUAACGAGCACAUCGCCGUGAUCGGCGUCGCAUGUCGCAGAGACUGACGACGUUAGCACUUGUGACCAACGGCGUACGGACACUACGGUGGAGAUGAAGAUGUGGAUAGGCAUAGAGAACGCGGAACGCUGGGGGGACGCUGUCGCUGUACUACUUGGAAAUGUCGAUGACGUCUUGUAUGUCACAGAGAUGAUU